AUGGCAUACGAGGCGGCGCAUGCGGAGGCACGCGUCCGCCAUGUCAAGCUCGAUGUCGUCACCCUCGACGAGGAAAAUGCCCCUAACUUCGGCCCCCGGAAGCCCGUCGCCUACCCACGCCGUCUCUCCCCUCGCACUACCGCAGGCGUGCGCUCUGCAGCUCCCUCCCGCACCCCUCGCAAGGCGGAGAUCCCCACAUCGGCGGCUAUGGCACGCUCGCCGGCGGUAGCCCUCGUGGCGGCUCUGGCACUCGCCGUCGCAUGUCUCCGCGCUGAGGCGGUGUGGCUCGAUUUGCCGCCGACGGGGACCAAGUGCGUGUCGGAGGAGAUCCAGGCGAACGUGGUGGUGCUCGCCGACUACUCCCUCAUGUACGAGUCUCGCCCCACCUCCCACCCUACCCUCGCCAUCAAGGUUACUUCACCAUAUGGGAACACCUUGCAUGAAAGUGGAAAUGCUACAGUUGGUCAAUUUGCAUUCACAACCAAAGAAGCUGGAAACUAUCUCGCCUGCUUCUGGAUGGAUAGUGCAGAGAAAGAAUCGGGAGUAUCUUUAAAUCUUGAUUGGAAAAUUGGGAUUGCAACCAAGGAUUGGGAUGCUAUUGCCAAGAAGGAAAAAAUCGAGGGCGUAGAACUAGAACUUAGGAAGCUUGAAGUGGCAGUAGAGUCCAUUCAUCAGAACAUGAUAUAUCUCAAAGCAAGGGAAGCGGAGAUGCGAGAAGUGAGCGAGAAAACAAACAGCAGGGUUGCUUGGUUCAGUAUUUUGUCGCUGAGUGUGUGCAUCGCUGUUUCAGUGUUGCAGGUGUGGCAUCUUCAAGGGUACUUCGCGAAAAAGAAGCUUAUCUAGAUUAAACUCAUUUUUUGUUGCGCUGUAGCUCCUGAAUGUGCUGCUCAUCAUGGAGAAAUGGAUAUGUUUGUUAUCUUUAGUUUGAAGUGAACACUUCACCAGUACUGAUGAGCAACGUGUACUGUAUAUGUAGUCUAACCGUGAUUCAGUUUAGAUUGUGCUGUGAAUUGUGGUUGGAGGAUAUCUUGGCUACUUGUAUUCUUGUUGCCUUCA